CAGCACAUUCCACUGCCUGGAAGGUCUCCUCGCUGCCAAGGAUGGGCCUCUCGCCCGCCAGCACCCGCAGCAUGGCGAGGAACCCGGCUGCACUCAGCUCCCCCAGGCCAAUCUCCUCCUGCGUGCUCUCCCUCAUGCCCGAGCGGAAGAGGGCACGGAAGUACUCACUGCUCUCCACCAGCAAGGCCUUCUCCACCGAGAAUGACUGCUCCUCCACGCGGAUACGCACCCGCUCCGGGGGCCCUGCCUGGGAACCUUCCUCCUCCGGGGUCAUCCUCGCCUGGGACCUCAGCAGCUCUCAGGGCUGGGGGAGCACCCGAUGCCCCUCUGUGCCGUGCCCCUGCACAGCCCCCUCGGCCUUCUCCAGCCUUUGAUGCCUUUGCUGAGCUGCCCGGUGGCCUUGUAAUAUAAAUACCUUGGGCUAAAGAUAGCUGAGCUCGUGACCAGGGCCCUUCAAAGGCAUCCACCAGGCUCAGCUGCCCCCCCAAGCUCAGGCAGGGUUCCAGUGUCACCAGCCAGCACUGGGCACAGCAGAGGUGCCUGGAUAUCCCAUGGAAUACGCCCAGCCACUCAGGAGAAACCAGGUUUUGCUUUCUCCACUCUCAAGCAUCCUUCUUAUGAUGCCCUACGGAACAGUCCCCAGCCUGGGGAGGGCAACACACUUGCAUGGCUGGGAAGAACAUCUGGCCACACUAUUUUUUUUUUUCUCUUUAAAAUAUGGAGUUUACAGCCCAGGGAGGUAAACAACAUCAGCAAAUCUCAUUGCCACCCCGCUCAGCCAUGGGAAGGGAUCUUGGCUGUUCGUCAAGUGUUACCAUGGGCAGACAGAGACCUUCUUUUGUGACCCUCUCUAUAGCAGCAGCAUCUGCAACACCCAUCCCAGCUGCAAGGAGCCAUAAGCCAGCCUGUGCUUCACCUGGGGAUCUCAAGGUGAGAAAAAGGAAGUGCAGCAACCUCUUCUCACCACAAACCUCCCCUCCGGCCUCAGGGCUUGCCCAGCUCCCCAUAAUACCUGGCUGUGGGAAGAGAUAAACCCCUGUUUACUGACACAGAGCUUGACAGUGAGGGAAAGUGUUAUUUGUGGCACAUCACUUGUUAGUGUGCUAAUCACAGAUUUUUCUGGCUAGAAAUCCCAUUUCAGCUCCGCCAUGGGGUGCCAAGGAAGGCUGACAACAGGGCUCACUUGGGGGCUCCUUCCUGGAUCUCCCCAUCACUACCUGUGAUUAGUUUGCAGCUGGUGUUUUGUUUUGAUGAAUAAUUUAACCUGAGCAGCUCAUCCUGUUGAAGGUCUAUUUUCUGCUCCCUCCUUAACCCCUUCAUCCCAGCAGCUGGGAACUUUCCAGGCAGUGCAUGAUGGCAAAGCUCUUACCUCAGGAUCAUGGCCACAGCGGGUUCCCCCAAAAAUCCAAGUUUAGGGAAGAAUGGAAGAAUUUUGCACUUACACCACUGCCAUUGAUCCUCAUGGAUACCCAGCUUAAAAUACCAUGUUUAGUUCCAAUUGUUUUUAAGUGCCCUAGACCUGUGACCAAAGGGGGUCUGGGGUAAAGGGUCCUCAGAGGGGCUCUGCUUCCCGCAGGGGAGUUAUCCCUGUGAUCUCCAUCCUCCCCGUCCCUGGGGCUUGCAGGGGCUUCCACACUCCCAGACUAUUUUGGGAGGGCUUAAAAAUACCCUGCCUGUAUUAACGGGCAAUAUUCCCAAGGGCGCAGCAGCCCCGCAUGGCCGCGGAGCAGCCUCGGCCCCCCAGCCUCGCCUGCGGCCCCCCCGCAGUCCCUCGGGGCCGGCCCUGGGGCCGCAUCCUGUGGUCCCGGGCAUCGAGCCCUAUCCCAAAUGGCUGUGAUCGCCAUGACAACGCUGACUUCAGCCCCCGCCACCUACUCGGGCUCACAGCCGCUGGGUGCCGGCUGAUGGAUUGGUACGGGCGCUGGAACGAGGAUGUCCUCGAUGUUCGGCAAACCCCGAGCCAGCAGCGAGCGGCCGCCCCAGAGCGCCCUCCCCGAGUGCAACGUGGCCAUCCUGGGGUGCAGAGGGGCCGGCAAGUCAGGUGAGACGGGCAGGGCAGGGCAUCGGGGAGCUGCCGCCAGGGGACACCUGCCUCACCUGCCUCUUUCACCUCCUGCAGCUCUGACCGUGAAGUUUCUAACCAAGAGGUUCAUCAGUGAAUAUGAUCCCAACUUGGAGGACACCUACUCCUCGGAGGAGCUGGUGGACCAGCAGCCUGUGCUCUUGAAGGUGAUGGACACUGCUGACCAGGAUGGCCCCGGGAACUGCGAGCGCUACCUGUGCUGGGCCAGCGCCUUCCUGGUUGUCUACAGCAUCGACAGCAGGAAGAGCUUCGAGGGCUGCCAGCGCUACCUCGAGGUGCUCGCCCUGCACGCGCGGGGCUGCCAGCGCCGCUGCCCCGUGCUCCUGCUGGGAAACAAGCUGGACAUGGAGCAGUACAGGCAGGUGCUCUCAGCAGAAGGGAUGUCCCUCGCCAGCAGGUUCGGGUGCCUCUUCCAUGAGGUGUCGGCAUGCCAGGACUUCGCUCGGGUGCAGCACGUGUUCCACGAGGCCGUGCGGGAGGUGCGGCGCCAGGCGGAGUGGAGCCUCCCCGUGCGGCCGCUCUUCAUCUCCGAGGAGCGGCCCUGCCCGCCCGUGGCCACGCCCGUGGCCCUGCCCACCCACCACAGCUUGGCCACCUGCACCUUCAACACCCUCGCCCCCGUCAACUACAAGGAGAUGCCCUCGGUGGCCCAGGCCAAGCUGGUCACCGUCAAGUCCUCGCGGGCUCAGAGCAAAAGGAAGGCUCCCACGCUCACCUUGCUGAAAGGCUUCAAGAUAUUUUAGGACACAUCCCUGUGGGCGGCAGAGAGGGAGGAGAGAGACCCUCAUCCAUCCCCCCAGCUCCACGGGAGCUGGGACCUUCCAUGAUGGACUCACGGGCACUGCAGCAGCCGCUGGCACACGGCAGCCCUGGUCUCCGUGCCAGGGCAAAGCCAGCAGUGGCAACUUGGCGAGCAGGCAAAGUGCCAGGGUCUGACAUGGGCUGUGGCAUCGCUGUGCCUGCCCCUGCCCGGUGUUUGCACCCUGUCCUGCCACUGCCACUGCGGCCAGCCCAGUUUUCUGUGAGGACACAGCAGCUUCCAGAGGAGCCAGAGCUGUUGGAUACCACUGGGAGGGGAAGGGACAACUCCACGGCCACCAGCCAGCUUGGGCACCUGGCCCACAACUACAAGAGCCCAGGAAUGAGGGACUAAUCAUUAAUCCAGCAUGGAGGCACCCAUCUCGUUCAUCCCACAGGUCCCCGACUAAGCAAUAAGUAG